AUGUUUAAACUUUGUGCAUUGCAAAAGCAAACGCGAAAAAGGGGAAAAAACUUUGCGCCUUCCGAAGAGAUUAAGCUGCUAGAGCUGCUGGAACCUUUUAGGCAUAUUAUCGACAACAAAAACUCCGAUGCGACUUGCCAGUUGAAAAAGGAAACCUGGGAGAAGUUGGAAUACCAGUUCUUCAACCAAACUGUCUCGAAACGCACCUGGAGAACCCUCAAGGAUGAGUACAAAAACAUGAACAGUAAGCCCAAGACCGCGGGCGCAAUGACUCCCUGCUAUCCCCAGACGGAAGAAUUGGAUCCAAUUAGCAGUUGUGUUUCUGAACCGUUUCAGGAAAUUCCCGAGGACAACCCGCCAGAACCCGAACCCCAGUUCGUGAAUAAAAAACUACCAAGAAGAUUUAUUAUAAGUAAACGAAAAAAGAAGAGAUUAUUAGACGAUGAGCACAUUGCGUUGAUACGGCUUCAACAGAGAUUCUAUUACAACGAAAAUAUAAGAUCUGGAGAAAAACAUCGCCUGGAGCUGAGGUCAAUUAAUCUAAAGAACGAGCUCAUGGAACUAGAGCUUGAGGAAAAACGUCGCCGCCUUAGAAUAGAUGAUUAA